AUGCUAAAUUUUUUUAAAGCAUUUAGCAUAAUUUAGAAAGCGAAUCAAGUAAUAACCUAACAAAAUUACAAAAUUCUUGCUUUUUUUGUCUAACAUAGUACAUUUUAAUUUAGAAAAAUGAUGUUUCCUACCUCUUGCACAAAAGGAUAAAAUGAUUAACAAUCUCAUGAUUUGAAUUUAAGGCUUAAGCAAGUUUAAAAUAUCUAUUAUUUCCUAAACAAGCCAUUUUUAUCACUGAGAGAGAGAUGUAAUGACGAAAAUAUACAUAUACCAUUAUUAUAGAAAAAAAAGUAAGCAAAGAUAAAUUAUUUUAAUUGGCUUUACAAAAUAAAGCUUAAUCAUAUAAAAUAUUUAAAAUCUUUUCAUAAAAUAACUCUAAAAAUAUUCUUUCUAGCCUCAUUUUAGCAUGCUUAUAUACUUAAAAAAGUUUUCCUCAGAAUUAUACUUAAAAUCCUAGGUAGUAAAAGUUGA